UUAUCUCUGAUAGAUCUAGCUUUAUAAUGACUGGCUCGUGUGGACACCACCAAUCGACAGUUGAAAUCACAAGUUGAGUGUACAGCGUACGGCACGAAGCACAGUUUCUGCAACAUCGCAAACAUGGUACAAUUAAACUCACAACUUUCGCACAUAAGGUCAAGAAGAGUUGUGUACAAUAAUAAUUGGAAUAAGGAAAGAUCGCAGAGAAGUUUCUGCACGAACAAGUUUGUUGAGUUUUGCAAGAGGACGGAUCUGCACGGAUACAAAUAUAUUGUGAUGGAAGAUUUCAAUUACGGUGAAAGAUGCUGUUGGGCGUUAGCAGUGCUGACCAGCAUAGCAAUAGCUGCUUACUUCGUGGUUACAGCAUACAAUUGGUAUGCAAGGAAUCCUAUUGUUACAGUUAUAGAAAGCACUCAGGGAGCUAUAUGGGACGUGCCAUUCCCUGCUGUUACUAUAUGUGAUCUGAACAUAGUUUCCAAAAAGGCUGCAAGAAAUAUGGCGCGUAAUUUGACGCUCCCUGAGAACAUCACAGAAGAAUACGUAUUCGAAGCAUUUCGUCUCGUACCCCUGCUGUACUCUACUUUUUCAGCAAGUGAACAAGAAAAGGAACAGUUGAAGGUCUUACAAUCGAUAUUGGACUUAAAUAACAUGCCAAUAGAUGUGUUAUUCAAAGAGCUGUCACCAGCUACAUCUUGCGGUAAUCUGGUACAGCAGUGCAUGUGGAAGAACUCAAUCUACAGCUGCGAUGAGAUGUUCAAACAAAUUUAUACUUUGCUCAGUCUUUGCUGCACAUUCAACUAUUUUGCUGUUGACAAUAUCGAAAAUGAGUUGAAGACUGAUAAGCGGCCUUUGAAGACACCACGUCGAGUGGCCUCGUGUGGAUACCAAACUGCUCUGACCGUACUUCUGUACACCAACCCUGACGACUACUACAGUGCCACGAUAGCAUCGCAAGGAGCCUUGGUGAUUAUAGACAACGCCUACAAUAUUCCCGACCUGGACUCUCCAGUUCGCAUGGUGAACCCGUCCACUGAGCUGCUGAUUGCACUGUCACCUGAGAGAACGUACACCACAUCAGGGAUCAGGUCAUUUCAACCGGACCAAAGACAGUGCUACUACAGUGAUGAGAUAAAAAUUGGAAAUUUCCAUCAGUACUCGUUCCAUAACUGCAUGGCGUAUAAGAAGGUAUCAAUGUUGAAGAAACAUUGCAACUGUAUACCGCUAUCAUUUCCUAAAGAAGAAUCAUACCGUUUCUGCAAUUUUAACGACAUGGAUUGUGUUGACGAAAUUUUUAACGAAGCAGAAGACAGCAACUUGACAAGGGAAGUAGAGAGUGAAAUCACAUGCUACCCGGAGUGUGAACACUAUGAUUAUCCGUUAGAGGUCGCUUUGGGUAACUUAGCGAAAAGUGCGUACGUGAAUGGACUCCUAUUCUUCGAUAACAUUGAACUAAAGAACCGAUCACUAUUGAAUGUAUUCUUCAACGACUUGGUAUCCACCAGAUACAGACGUGAUGUUUAUUUGAAUUGGCAAAAUAUUUUAGCUGCGUUUGGCGGUCUCCUGAGUCUUAUGCUCGGCUUCACUUUAAUAUCCGGCUUCGAUCUAAUAUUGUUCUUCACUGUCCGAGUUGCUUACGACCGGUAUACGACCAUGACUCGCAAACCACAGAACAACAAAAUAUACGUAAACGACUUCAACACCAGAAAGAAUUGGAUGGACAAUACCAUCCCCAACUUGGUCAAUCAGAAACCUGUGCAAAACAUAAACAACACAACAAAAUAUAACCUAAAUGAUUUCGUAAAUCAACGGUAUUGAAGUCUUCUCCACCCUUUUGAUAUUGUUUGCGUACUUACUGCCAGUUUAUUGUGAAUGUUAUUGUUAUGUAAACUUUAGAUCGAGUUUUGUUUGACUCGUAAUUAAGAAUGAGGGACUUGGUUAUGAAGUUUAGAUUAAAACACGUUUGUAUUUUCAUUUCUCUGUCUGAAUCCUUUAUACGAGUUGUUAAGUAAUCGAUUAUCUUAUGUAAUAGUCAGUUAAGUACUUUUGACUUUAUACAUUAAACUUGGGACAUUAGUACCUAACAAAUAAGUUCUUACGAGUCUGGGCUCGCUAUAGAUGCACAUUCUUAAUGGAUUUAUCAUACAAACGUUGCCAUUAUAAACUAUAGUACGUAAUCAAAAAGUUGAGCCCUUCUUAACUAUAUUUGUGAAUGUGUAAAGAAGAUAGUGAAUAAUUUCUCUAAAUAUUAUUUUACCUAACUUUAAGACUAGAAAGUAAAGACACUGUUAUUACAAGUUUGUACACAUACAUCAAAAUAACUUUUUGUCGAAUAACAUGUUAUACAUAUCAUCGAUGUAAUCAAUGAGAUAUGGUCGAUAAAAUUAACGUGUUACCUUGAUAUAAGUAUCGGGUAAGUUCGGGUUAUUUUGACCUACGGGGGUAAUUUUGAUACUACAGGAAUCUAGAAGAAAGCGGAGUAUAUUAGUUUUUCAUUGGUCUAAAAGUUUGGGUCAAAAUUACCUCCUAGGGUCAAACCAGAUUUUACGGUGCGGUACCUUAUUAAGUAAUAACCAAUAUUGUUCUUAAUUGGUUGGUAUUUUGCACAUUUUAAUAGAUGAUAAGUUUGUAAUAAUUGCACUUCACUGUCUUUAGAACAUGUCUCUAGAUUGAGUCCUAACAAAAUGAUUAGUGAUUUAACAUUUCGUGUGACAUUAACUUGCAUCAAUUUUCUUCACCAGUGUAAAUUUAUGUCUGUAUCUUUAUCGCACUAUUACAUAAACGCUUUAUAUAAUAAACUGACUAAUUGACGUGU